UUUCUCAAAUGUCUUCCGUCUUCCCCCAUUCGUCGUCACAUUAAGCAAUAAGACAUCCCUCGCUGCGCUUCUUCACUCUUCUUCUUCUUUCCAUCGCCAACAAAUAUCUCUCUCUGCUCCUUUCAACAAAUAAAUAAGAAUCUCGACUUUGAAUCCCAUUUUCAUAAUCAGAUCUUCUCCAUAAAAAAAAAAAAAAAAUUUUGAAUGUUGAAAUGUCGUUCAAUCGACAACUUCUCUUCUUCUUCUUCGUUUCUCUUAUCCUCUUCUCCGGCUUCGCAUCCUCUGCAACACUACCCCCAGAAGAAGUCGAAGCUUUAAGAAGCGUAGCGACGGCGUUGAAGAAGACUAAUUGGAAUUUCUCGGUGGAUCCAUGCGACGAAACUUCUUCUGACGGCAAAUGGAGAGAUCUUAAAGCCCCUAAGGGCGAAGAAGACGCCGUUACUUGUAACUGCUCCUCCGGCAUUUGCCACGUCACCCACAUAAUUCUCAAGGGACAAGACCUUCAAGGAUCUCUUCCUACAGAUCUUUCAGGACUUCCUUUCUUGCAAGAGAUUGAUCUGACUAAAAACUAUCUCAACGGUUCCAUUCCUCCCGAAUGGGGAUCCUCAUCACUUGUGAACAUCUCAAUACUUGGGAACCGGAUUACUGGUCCUAUCCCAAAAGAACUUGCAAAUCUUACAAACCUUUUUAGUCUUGUCUUGGAAUACAACCAACUCUCAGGAAAGUUACCACCAGAGCUCGGAAAUCUACCCAACCUUCAAAGACUGUUUCUUAGCUCAAACUACUUGACCGGGGAAAUCCCAAGUUCAUUCGCCAAACUUACUAAUUUGACUGAUUUUCGUAUUAGCGACAACCAGUUCACUGGUACUAUACCAGAUUUCAUCCAGAACUGGAAAGGACUUGAGAAACUGGUUAUUCAAGCAAGUGGUUUAGUUGGACCGAUUCCUAGUGCCAUUGGUCCUCUGGGAACCUUAACAGACUUGAGAAUCAGUGACUUGAGCGGACCUGAAUCUCCAUUUCCUCCCCUACAAAACAUGACAUCGAUAAAGACAUUGAUUCUUCGGAACUGCAACCUUACAGGAGACUUACCUGAGUACCUUGAUCGCAGAACCUUGAAAGUUUUGGAUCUUAGCUUUAACAAACUGAGUGGACCAAUCCCCGAGAAAUAUUCCGCUCUUUCGGAUGUAGAUUACAUAUAUUUUACAAGCAACAUGUUAAACGGGGGAGUACCACCCUGGAUGUUAGACAAAGGAGACACGAUUGAUCUUGCUUACAAUAACUUUUCCAAAGAAACCAACACUGAAUUGUGUCAACAAAAUUCCGUGAAUAUGUUUUCAAGCACAAGCCCUUUAGUGACAAAUUAUUCCUCAAAUGUUUCCUGUCUGAGCAAAUAUGUGUGUCCUAAAACUUUCUACGGCCUUCAUAUAAACUGUGGUGAUAAUGAGAUUACAAGCAAUGGGACCAAAUAUGAUGCUGACACACGGGAUGCACUGGGUUUCGAUAAUAGUGGAAACGGGUGGGUUUCUACCAACACGGGACACUUCUUGGAUGAUGAUCGGACUAACAUUGGAAAAACCAAAUGGUCGAAUGUAUCAGAGCUUAAUAUAACAAAUUCCAGCAUAGAUUCUAGGCUUUAUACGCACGCGCGUCUCUCGGCCAUCUCCCUCACGUACUAUGCAUUGUGUCUGGGAAAAGGAAACUAUACGGUUAAUCUUCAUUUCGCUGAAAUUAUGCUUUAUGAUAAACACUUGUAUAGCAACUUGGGAAGAAGAUUCUUUGACAUAUACGUUCAGGGUAAACUUGUGGCGAAAGAUUUCAAUAUUGUUGAUGAGGCAAAAGGUGUGGGAAAACCUGUGGUUAAGAAAUUUCCUGUCACGAUUACAAAUGGGAAACUGGAAAUAAGAUUGCAGUGGGCUGGGAAAGGAACUCAAGCUAUUCCUGCGAGAGGUGUAUAUGGUCCUCUCAUAUCGGCUGUAUCGGUAGAUCCAGCAGAUUUUAUUCCACCAAAGGAACCUGGCACUGGAUCUGGUGGGGGAAGUUCUGUUGGUACUGUGGUUGGUAGUGUAAUCGCUUCGACCGUAUUUCUUGUGCUUUUAAUCGGAGGUAUAUUAUGGUGGAGAGGCUGCUUAAGACCUAAGAGUCAGAUGGAAAAAGAUUUCAAGAACUUAGAUUUCCAGAUCAGUUCGUUCUCGUUGAGGCAAAUCAAAGUUGCCACGGAUAACUUUGAUCCUGCAAACAAGAUCGGAGAAGGUGGUUUCGGUCCUGUACACAAGGGAACAUUGACUGAUGGAACUGUAAUCGCGGUGAAGCAGCUAUCGGCGAAAUCAAAACAAGGGAAUCGAGAGUUUUUGAACGAGAUUGCUAUGAUUUCUGCUCUGCAGCAUCCACAUUUGGUUAAACUAUAUGGAUGUUGCGUCGAAGGUGACCAGCUCUUGCUAGUUUACGAGUACUUAGAAAACAACAGCCUCGCGCGGGCUCUUUUCGGUCCUCAAGAGACUCAGAUACCACUAAAUUGGCCAAUGAGGCAGAAGAUUUGUGUCGGGAUAGCGAGAGGAUUAGCUUAUCUCCACGAGGAAUCAAGACUCAAGAUCGUACACAGAGACAUCAAAGCCACUAAUGUAUUGCUGGACAAGGAUCUAAAUCCAAAAAUCUCAGAUUUCGGUCUUGCUAAGCUUGAUGAAGAAGAAAACACACACAUCAGCACACGAGUCGCCGGAACAUACGGAUAUAUGGCUCCAGAAUACGCCAUGAGAGGCCAUUUGACAGAUAAAGCCGACGUCUACAGUUUUGGCAUUGUUGCUCUGGAAAUAGUUCAUGGAAAGAGCAACACGAGCUCACGAUCCAAAGCCGAGACCUUCUACCUUCUUGACUGGGUGCACGUUCUAAGGGAGCAAAACAAUCUGGUGGAAGUAAUAGAUCCAAGGCUAGGAACAAGUUACAACAGACAAGAAGCAAUGACGAUGAUUCAGAUAGGGUUGCUCUGCACCAGUCCAGCUCCGGCUGAUAGACCUUCGAUGUCGACAGUGGUGAGUAUGCUUGAAGGCCAUUCAACGGUGAAUGUUGAGAAGCUUCUUGAAGCUUCGUUCAACAAAGGAAGUGAAAAAGACGAAGAGAGCGUGAGAGCGAUGAAGAGGCAUUACGCCAUGAUAGGCGAGGAGGAGAUAACGAACACGACAACCACCGACGGACCUUUCACGUCGUCUUCUACGUCAACCGCAAACGCCAGUGAUCUUUACCCUGUGAAGCUUGAUUCUGCUUACUGGAACACCAGAACUUAGUUAUGGGGGUUCUGUUUUUGUCACAAAAUGAAAAGAAAAUUAUGGAGUAAGUUAUUAUGACGUUUUCGUAUUUUGCUUUUGUAAAGUGUUUUUUUUUAUGAUAAUUAUUUUAUCUACGACGAUCAGAAGAUUACGUUACAUGAAACUGAAAGCGAGGCUGUUUAUUUAUCUUAAGAGAAUCGAAAGGUCCUAAAACACUUUAGAUGAGAUAA